UCCAGAAGUCUAUUUGGUGCCAAGACAGGAGGAAGUAGUUAUUUGUGGAAUGCUUUUUACGUCGAGGUAAAACUUUUUCAUGUAAAAUGACGAAACUUUAAAAUAAGGUUCCUGCCCACUUCAGAGAGACAUAUCAGAGGACUAGGGUCUAUUGAAUUCGCUAUCUGACAAAACCAAGAUGAGACUUACCAGUUUCGUGCGAGAAGUUCCAACGUCCCGUUCUCCCAGAAUGAUGUGAAGUUCAUGGAUGAUUUCGUCGACAGAAAUAAUUCAUCAGAGGGAGAUCAUCAUGUUUUAUCAACUGCACUUGCUUGGUCACAAAACGUUUCUGGUGUGAACGCUGAUACCAGUUAUGACCGAAACAGUGACCUCACGAGUCGGCAGAACUAUUUCUCACACGUGCAUAGGUCUGGCCAGAUGGCCUCCGGAAGUGGAAGCGAUUAUAGCUCGGGAUUUCAGUUAAAUCAAGGCCGAGAGGAUGGCUACGACUUCGAAUUUGUUCUACCACGCGAAGACAAAUAUGACUGUCCGAUAUGUUUGUUAGUUCUAAGAGAGCCAUACCAGACAGAAUGUGGACACAGAUUUUGUCAGAACUGUAUAAAGCGAUGGCUCAGGGAGACGGAAUCGGAACCACGCUGUCCGGUCGAUAAUGCCCCCCUGGGAGAAGGCCAGAUAUUUCCUGAUAAUUUUGCCAAACGAGAAAUCCUAGCUUUAUUAGUACAAUGUCCCAAUCACAAGGAUGGCUGUGAUACCCAAGUGGUUCUGAAGCAGCUUAAGAAACACUUGAACACCUGUGAAUUUGCAUUCUUACCAUGUCCAAACCGGUGUAGUCAUAUGCCACUGAGAAAAGACCUUACCAACCAUUUGGAGGAGAUGUGCCCCUUACGGCUUCUGAAAUGUCCGACCUGUCACAUCGAGUUGCAGGCGGAGUAUUUACAGAAACAUGUGGAUUCAUGUCCGUUGGCUAGUGUGAAAUGCCAGUUUUGUGGGAAUGAAGGAUUGAUUCGAGAACAGCUCCAAAGACACCUGAAUAAUGAUUGUCCGAAGGCAGUGAUUGAUUGUGAGUUUAAAGAGCUCGGCUGUAAAGAAACGGUUGAACGACAAGCGAUGGCAAAGCACAUGCAACAUUGUCAACAAGAUCACAUGCAACAAAUGUGUACAACAAUUGUUUCGCUGGUUCGACUACUCCAGUUCAAACCUAGUACCUCAUGUGACAGCUCACGCCAGUCCUCUACGCAGACUGGCCAGGGAGAGGAGGGAGAACAACAGUCUUCCUCACUAAACGCUUUAUCGGGUUUGCUUCAAGCAAGCAUGGUGUUUGGACCCCAGUUAGGACAGCAACUGCCCCAGUUACCCCACAGACUGAGACAGCAAUUGAGUUCGGAUAACACACUAAGCCACGGAUCCUCCGAGUCAUCUAGCAGUAGAUCAGGCGAAGCGAUGGGUCGAAGAGAUGACGAAAGAAUAGCCAGUAGUAGAACGCAAGUCAUGUCGACUAUCAGUAUGACUUCUAAUCACAACCCGGGUGUUGACCUUGAAGGCGCACCCAUAGUACCCCUUCACCAGGAUUUUGAAUUCCAGUCACUUAAAUGUCAGAAUGCAACACAGGAUGAGAGUCUGGCUAGGCAUGAACAAUCGUUAGUUGAAAUUCAACAGAAAAAUGACACGCUUGAACGGACUAAUAGAGAUUUAAGAUCAAAGGUAAAAAAUUUGGAAAGUACUAUUGCAGACAUUGAAGGAAGAACUUGCAACGGAACAUACCUCUGGAAGAUAAAAAACUACUCUAAAUUUAGAAGAGAAGCCGAACACGGGGACACAACCGCAAUCCACAGCCCUCCAUUUUAUUCCAACUUCUAUGGAUAUAAGCUGUGUAUUCGCGUUAAUCUAAAUGGUGUGGACAGUGCAAGGGGAACACACCUGUCCGUGUUCAUUCACUUCAUGCAGGGCGAGUAUGAUGAUAUUCUGGAAUGGCCGUUCAGUGGUCGUAUCGUGCUAACGGUGCUAGACCAGAACCCAGUGUGCGAGCAAAGACAUCAUGUUAUUGAAACUCUUGUAUCCAAGCCGCAUCUAGCUGCUUUCCAGAAGCCCGUGACUCCAAGAAAUCAUAAAGGAUUCGGGUACAUGGAAUUUCUGCCUCUUAACAUCCUAGACAAUUCAACCUACAUUCGAAGUGACACUCUUCUAAUCAAAGCAUUUAUUGUUAACAGUUCUACGUGAAUUCCCAGUCAUUGAUAGUGAUAACCUUGCGUUUCAAACGUUAUCAGGUGGAUGGACAUAUGUAUUUAAUUAAUAUGCGCGUUGUGAAUUGAACUGCAAUAAAAUAACAGUGCCGUUAAUUAUUUGAAAGAAUUAAGUGGUUCGGAAUGUAUUAGUGUUUAAAUAAUUAAACUUAAAAUUCAA